AUGAAAUCUCUUCGCUUACAGUUAAAAUCAUUGUACGCGAUCGUGCUGUCGCUACUUCUACUAACGUCCGCAUUUUACGUCGAUGCAUCGUCUGAGUUGCUUGAGUGUCCGGCCAAUCGUGCCCUGGCGCAACGUUCCAAGCGCUGGAUCUUGAGCUAUCCCAUCAACGGUGGUGUGGCAAAGAUGGUGUUUGGUUUCCUGUCUCCAGUACGAUUCCAUCACCCACUACCGCGCAGUUUGAACUUAUCGUUGAACAUUCAGGCUAACUAUCGUAUCCUGCCCACUAUCAUCUUCCCUCGUCCGGAAUCAAUAUUUAAAAAUCGAGCUAACAGUGAGUACACCGACACGUCCCGGAAGCAAUUCUAUGAAAUGGUAGAACACAUGCUAACCGGAUGGAACCGUAAUGGUCGGUUUUGUUUGUUGCGGACCAUUUGUGAGGUUGCCGAAACAUCAUUGCGACAUAAUGGAUUGGUUGGUGAACUUUUUGAAGUUAUAUUCACACCGCACGAGACCGAUCAAUUGGAAAGUGAAUAUACUAUGGCACGUAAAUACGGUGCAAAUGGCGUUGAUUGUAUGAGGAUGUACUCAGAUUGUCCUCUAGGGCAUGGUUUGCUCGAUACCAUCAGUGCUAUUCAAAUGUAA